CGCGCAAAAAAAGUCAACAAACGAAAACAAACGAUGAAAAAAAGUUUUCCAAUAGAUUAAAUAAGAAAAUAAAAAAGUUUGCUGGGAAUAUUUUAAAUAUUUUCUCUGAUGUGUGACUGCUUUUUAUAAUGUCCAACCAAAACAUAUUGGUGAAUUUGGGUGACGAUACAGUAACACACUCAAAAAACUCACAGAAAAAGGACAAGUUACAAGAAAAUUCAGUAGAUUUUCGUGAAAACACCACUGUUGCAUCCCCAACGACAUCGAGUGAUUUUCGAGAGGAAACAAAACUUCCCGUGACCGAAGUUUAUUAUUUAAAUUCCAGAUUAGAUAUAGAUGGUGAAUGUUUGCCACUUUUAGAUAGGCAUGAUAUACAGUAUAAUCAAUUUCCAGAUGAUCCGCAAUUUAGUGAAUUAGUUUACCAAACUGAAAUAGCUAUAGAUGCUGGUAUAUACCCAGAAAGGAUUUAUCAAGGCAGUAGUGGAUCUUAUUUUGUUAAAAAUCCUGCUGGAAAAAUUAUUGCUGUAUUUAAACCAAAAGAUGAAGAACCGUACGGACGUUUAAAUCCAAAAUGGACAAAAUGGAUGCAUAAAUUAUGUUGUCCUUGUUGUUUUGGCAGAGCGUGCUUAAUUCCAAACCAGGGAUACCUAUCGGAGACAGGAGCUAGUUUAGUGGACCAAAAAUUAAAUUUAAACAUUGUACCAAAAACCAAAUGCGUAAAACUAAUUUCUGAAACGUUUAAUUAUUCACGAAUUGACAGACAGAAAACUAGAAUCAAAAAGAGCAUUAAAGAACGAAUUCCUGCUGCAAAAUUCAAUCGUAUGAGCCUUCCACCAAAGGUAGGAUCUUUUCAGUUAUAUGUGGAUGGAUAUAAGGAUGCAGACUAUUGGAUUAGGCGGUUUGAACAAGAACCGUUACCAUCAAACGUUGCUAAAAAAUUCCAAAAACAAUUUGAAUGCUUAGUCAUAUUAGAUUAUAUAAUAAGAAAUACAGAUAGAGGAAAUGAUAAUUGGUUAAUUAAGUACGAUCAACCGAAGCUAGUUCAACUAAAUAACAAUAAAAAUAUUUCAAAGAGUACAGAAACUUCUGAAUGGAAUAUUGUUGAUUUUCCUGAGAUAAGAAUCGCUGCUAUUGACAAUGGAUUAGCUUUCCCAUUUAAACACCCAGAUUCAUGGAGGGCUUAUCCUUACCAUUGGGCAUGGUUGCCACAAGCUAAAGUACCAUUUAGUCAAGCAACAAGGAAUGAAAUCCUACCACUUUUAUCUGAUAUGAAUUUUGUCGAAGAUUUAUGUCAUGAUUUAUACGACCUUUUUAAACAAGAUAAAGGAUUCGAUAAAGGAUUGUUUGAAAGACAGAUGUCUGUGAUGCGCGGCCAAAUAUUGAAUUUAACACAAGCAUUAAAGGAUGGUAAAAGUCCAGUUCAAUUGGUUCAAAUGCCAGCCGUCAUUGUAGAACGAUCACGCAUCAACCCAGGAUCACAUGUUUUAAAUUCAUUAACACAACGAUUUCAAAAUAAAAGCCCCUUUUUUUCAUGGUGUUAAUUAAUCAAAUAAUAUUAUUUAUUGGAAUAAAAACAACUGAAUUAAUUGAACAAAA